AUGUCAGAGAAACCGGUCGCAUCUACUGCAGAGAAUGCGGGCAGUAGCAUUGCUGGCAGUGCGCCCCAAAAGGCUGCACCAGCACAAAAUCCGGCUUUCAAGAUGAUGGGUCUACCCCGUCUGCGCAUGCGUCUUCCAUCCCGCAACUGGACCAUAUUUUGGACCCUCACAAGCUCGUUCGCGGGCGCCGUCACCUACGACAAAUGGCAGACGAAGCGUAUGCGCGAAAAAUGGUGCCAGCUGGUUGCGCCCAUCGCCGAGCAACCUCUCGACGCACAUACUGCUCCACGCCGAGUAACAAUUUAUCUCGCAGCACCUCCUGGAGACGGCCUGCGUUGCGCACGCGAGCACUUCCACACAUAUGUAAAGCCCAUACUUGUGGCCGCGGCCAUGGAUUGGGACGUGGUCGAGGGUCGCAAAGAGGGCGAUGUCAGACACAAGACCGCCGAGAGGAUACGGAAGCAACGACAGCGGAACGGUGAGGGCUCAACGGUCGAGGAGGAAGACGCACUCACCAUCGAGGCGAUUCGCGUGAAGAAUGGCAGCCAAACGUAUCCUGGCGUAGGUGGGGAUAUUGUGAUUGGACGACACACGUGGAAGGAGUACAUACGCGGCCUUCAUGAGGGAUAUCUUGGACCUGCAGACUCGCCAAAGGAACCAGAGUCUGACACACCCGGUGAACCUCUUCCCUCGUCCCAGGCCUCAGCGCUACCAUCCACCAAUGAUGCAGCCGCAACAACGGCGUCGGAGCUCGUUGCAGAUUCACAGCCGUCUGCAAACGAUCAAAACCCCGCGCAGUCAGUCGAUCAUUCCARAUYUGAAGCCGCAAGUAUGAGCGAGACCAAGGAAGGCGGAAGCGAAGAGCAGAAACAAGAGGAGGCAGAUAAGCCCAAGUCCAAGCGCCGCUUCCCUCAGUCGCCCAUUCUUCCAGAAAGUUAUGCGACAGCCACCCUCUCAGCAUCGACCCCUGAGAUCAUCGGCCCUAGCAUGCCAGUGCGCAUGCCCCACCUUCUAGGCAUCAGGAAUACACCUAUCCGAAUCUAUCGAUUUUUGACACGACGCAGACUAGCAGACGACAUCGGACGUCAGGUCGCUACUGCUGUUUUGGCAUCACAUCGAGCGUACGGGACAGUAUCGACCACGAACGAGGAUAGCGCCGCAGGAGGGUCAGUGGAGGUUCCUGAACAGCAAGAAGUCCUUCGAUUUGAGGAGAGAGAUUGKUGGAAGACUGUCAGGCAGCCACGCCAGGAGCACGAGGAAAGCGUCUUCAUCGAGCCCAUGGCUUUCGAUGAGCGCAUCUUGGGUCGUAUGCGUGCCUUUCAAUUGACAUCGGAGGAUGAAGAGCAAGCCAAGUCGAUUGUUCUGGGCCAGCGCAGAGCAUCGAAGGAUGAUGAGAACUGA